AUGGAACAAUUAAUGAGGAUGAUGCAAGGUGGACGAGCUGGAUUAGGAGGACAGACACCUCAAGGGGAGACUAUAGUGGCUGAUAACGGAGAAACAGUUCAUAUUUCGGCAUUGGCUUUACUGAAGAUGCUCAAACAUGGUAGAGCAGGUGUACCGAUGGAAGUAAUGGGCUUGAUGUUAGGUGAAUUCGUCGAUGAAUACACUAUAUCAUGCGUGGACGUGUUCGCAAUGCCACAAUCAGGAACCACAGUAACGGUAGAAUCAGUAGAUCAUGUAUUCCAAACAAAGAUGUUGGACAUGCUUAAACAGACUGGAAGACCUGAAAUGGUCGUUGGUUGGUAUCAUUCUCAUCCAGGUUUCGGUUGUUGGUUAUCCAGUGUCGAUAUCAAUACUCAACAAUCGUUCGAACAACUUCAUCCUAGAGCCGUAGCAGUAGUAGUUGAUCCCAUUCAAUCAGUCAGAGGAAAAGUAGUUAUAGACGCUUUCAGAUCAAUAAACCCAGCUUCAAUGGCAACAGGUCAAGAAUCAAGACAAACUACAAGUAAUAUUGGUCAUCUGAACAAACCUAGUAUUCAAGCUUUGAUUCAUGGUUUGAAUAGACAUUACUACAGUCUUGCAAUCGAUUACAAGAAAACAGAAGCUGAGCAAGGAAUGUUACUCAACUUACAUAAACGAGGUUGGACCGAGGGAUUAAAACUGAGAGAUUUCGAAGAAUUGAAAGAAGGUAAUAAGAAAGCUGUCGACGAAAUGCUAAAUUUAGCAAUAUCAUACACCAAAUCAGUACAAGAAGAAUCAACAAUGACACCUGAACAGUUGAAAACUCGUCAUGUAGGAAAAUUAGAUCCAAAGAGACAUUUAGCUGAAGCUGCGGAGAAGUCAAUGGGAGAACAAGUCACUCAAAGUUUAGCAAUGGGUGUUUUGGCAGAGUUGUAA